AUGGCUCUGCACAAUGGAUCACUUGAAACGUUAGUUUCAUGUGGAAAAACGACAUGCAGCACUAGAAAAUUCAAUGAGAAAACAUUACUACAACAAGUUCAUGAAUAUGUACAGGAUGUAUUUCGUUCAUGUCUCCCAAAAUCGUAUCGAAUCAUGUAUUAUGAUAUGAGUACAAUGGCAUUAGUAGAUCUGGAAGAUCAAUUACGAAAUAAUUUAAAUCCAUUUCAAUCUACUAUUGAAGAUAUACCUUCAAGUAUUCAAUUAUUCAUUGUAAAUAAUUCGAAGAUACUUUCAAGCUCUCCUUGUCAAACUCAGACACAACGCGCUCAAAUAGUAAUCAAUAAUUAUUCCGAUGAAAGUUCAUCGAUUUGUGAAUCAAAUGAUGACUUAUGUAAUAAUGUAACAAGUAGUGAUACUUCACAGGAUCGUAGCGAAUAUUUAUCAAAUAUAACUGGAGGUCUCUCAUUAACAACAACUCCAUCUUCUAUUCCAUUACAACGACAACACAGCAAACUAUUAAGUCGAUUAUUUUUUUCACUAGAUGUUAAUCCCUAUCAACGAAAUAUUUAUAAAUCUGAUGAAUUCAAAAUGCGUAAAGAAGGGUCGAAUGGACGCAUCACUUGUGUCCAAGGUUGUAAAGGAUACAAGGAAAAAAGGAUUCAAGUUUUGCCUAAACUUCGAAUUCCUUCAAAGAAUCUCGAAUCUAAUGUAAAACUAAUGGUAGUAGUUGUAUUGGAAAAAAUCGAAGGUAGCAUGCGAGUAUGGUAUCGAUAUUCGAAUAAAGGAUUUUUACCAGAUCAAUAUACGAAAGAUACAGAUUCAAUGAAUCCAAUUUAUCUCGAUUUAAAUGAAACCAAUGUAACAAAAGACGGCGAUUUUACAUUACGUCUGCAUAUGAUAACAAAAUGGGAUAAAUCGAAAAAGCAACUUGAAGCGAUUUAUGAAUUAAGCGAGCAGUCAGUUGUUGAAUUACACACAGCAGCACAUUGUCCAUCAUCACCACGCUUACUAUGUGUUCUAGCACGAAAUGGGGUUCCUGAUUGGGAUACAUUAUGUCUAUCUGAUUUUAUUCGAACUCCUAAAUCCGCUACAGAACGAUCGUCAAGUAGUAGUAGAGAUCGCAUUUGCUCACCCAAACGAAAACGAUCGAAAAUGAACGAUGACGAUCAAGUUUUAAAGCAAAAUUUUUAA